GUUUUCAUUGGUUCCGCGCCUGACCGUGGCCCUCCCUUUUUUCCUGAGCCGCGUAAUGGCUGCUCCCGAGACCCAGGGGGCUGCUACCCAAGGGGAGGAGGACGGUGAUAGCAACCGUGGUGGAGCCGAGGGUGUCAGUUAUGAGGACAGUAAGGAUUGUAUCUUGGAGCCACUUUCCCUGCCAGAAAGUCCAGGUGGCACCACCAGUUUAGAAGGUUCUCCAUCUGUGCCUUGUAUUUUCUGUGAAGAACAUUUUCCUAUGGAUGAACAAGACAAACUUCUGAAGCACAUGAUUAUUGAACAUAAGAUUGUCAUAGCUGAUGUUAAGUUGGUUGCUGAUUUCCAAAGGUACAUUUUAUAUUGGAGGAAAAGGUUCACUGAACAGCCCAUUACAGAUUUUUGUAGUGUGAUAAGAAUCAAUUCCACAGCUCCAUUUGAAGAACAAGACAAUUAUUUUUUGCUAUGUGAUGUUUUACCAGAAGAUAGAAUACUUAGAGAAGAACUUCAGAAGCAGAGACUGAAAGAUAUUCUGGAACAACAGCAACGAGAACGAAAUGAUAACAGUUUUCAUGGCAUUUGUAUGUUUUGCAAUGAGGAAUUCCUCGGAAACAGAUCUGUUCUUUUGAACCACAUGGCCAGAGAGCAUGCUUUCAACAUUGGAUUGCCAGACAACAUUGUAAACUGCAGUGAAUUUCUGUGUACAUUACAGAAAAAGCUUGACAACUUGCAGUGCCUGUACUGUGAGAAGACCUUCAGGGACAAAAAUACACUUAAAGAUCAUAUGAGGAAAAAACAGCAUCGUAGGAUCAAUCCUAAGAACAGAGAAUAUGACCGGUUUUAUGUCAUCAAUUAUUUGGAACUAGGAAAAUCCUGGGAAGAAGUUCAGCUAGAAGAUGAUCGGGAGUUGCUAGAUCAUCAGGAAGAUGACUGGUCUGAUUGGGAAGAACAUCCUGUCUCUGCUGUCUGCCUAUUUUGUGAAAAGCAAGCAGAAACAAUUGAGAAAUUAUGUGUCCACAUGGAGGAUGCACAUGAAUUUGAUCUCCUCAAAAUAAAGUCAGAACUUGGACUGAAUUUCUAUCAGCAAGUGAAACUGGUCAAUUUCAUUCGAAGGCAAAUUCACCAGCGUAGAUGUUACAGCUGCCAUGAGAAGUUCAAGUCCAAAACAGACUUAAGAACCCACAUGGAAGAAGCUAAACAUACUUCACUGCUUCCUGAAAAACAGAUAUGGGAUCAGCCACAGUAUUAUUUUCCAACCUAUGAAAAUGACACUCUGCUAUGUACACUAUCUGACAGUGAAAGUGACCUGACAGCUCAGGAACAAAAUGGAAAUAUUGCCAUCAUUAGUGAAGAUACAUCUAAACUGCAUGCUUUGAAACAAAGCAGUAUUUUGAACCAAUUGCUGCUACAGGAGUCCUUGAAAAACUAGAAGAAACUGCCACAGAAACAAUGUUUCAUGUUUUCUACUAUGAGACAGACACAAAAGAAUACUUUAAAGGAUUAAUGCUUGGUAAAAUAAACUUUUUAAAAAUGAAUUUUUUUUUUUCAAAAACUAAAAUAGAAACUAAAUAAAAUGAAGACUUUUUGUAUUGGGCUCUAAACUUUUAUUCUGUAAUCAUUGUAAAGGAUCUCAUUUCAUUAGACUCAUAUUUAUCUAUAAUAAAGAAGACAUGCAAAUCACA